AUGAACUGCCUGCCCUGGUUUUAUAAGAACAUAGACAUUGCAACCAGGGGAGGCAAUACUCUGGACCAGGUCUACACCAGCAAGCAGGGUGCGUAUGCUGCGCUGCCACGGCCCCACCUGAGCUUCUCUGAUCACAUCUCCAUCCUGCUGGUCCCUGCCCAUCAACCUGUGCUGAAAAACAACCAGCCAACACGGAAGACCAUCACUGCAUGUCCCAGCACAGCAGUCCCUGCACUGGAGGACUGCUUUGAGUGGAUGGACUGGUGGGUCUUCAGGGAAGCUGCUACCACCGGUGAAGGUGUAGAUCUGGAGGAGUACACCUCAGCCAUCACCGGCUUCAUCCAGAAACGCAUCAAUGACGUCACCACCACCAAGAACAUCACCAUACAUCCCAACCAGAAGCCAUGGAUGAAUGGUGAGAUUCAGCGUCUCCUGAGAGCACGUGAUACAGCUUUCAGGUCUGGAGAUGCACUGGCACUGAGAGUGGCGAGGAGAGACCUCCAAGCGGGUGUGACAUGGGCAAAAAGAGCACAUGCUAACAAAAUCCAGGGCCACUUUGCAUCCAACAACCCUCGGAGCAUGUGGCAAGGCAUAAAGGCAACCACAGCCUAUAACAGGAAGAAUGCUGAGUGUCCUCGGGACCCAUCCCUGCCAGAUGCCCUCAACGCCUUCUAUGCCCGUUUUGAACCUGCCGACCCCCCUACCUGCACUAGGCUCACUAUCCCAGAGGGUGAGCUACCAUCAUUCAGUGUGUCAGCAGAUGACGUGAGGAGGACUCUGCAGCACGUCAACCCCCGCAAGGCAGCAGGACCAGACAACAUCCCAGGGAGGGUCCUGAAGGCCUGCGCACAUGAGUUCACGGAGGUGUGGACAGACAUCUUUAACACCUUUUCCCAGGCUGUGGUGCCAGUGUGCCUGAAGACAUCUUCCAUCGUCCCAGUGCCCAAACUGAAGUACUUACCUGUACACUCGGACCACAUACAGCUAGAAGUUGGUGGCUUAAAUGCAUGCUUCUUUGCAAAAAGAGGAUUUGAAGUUGCAGUAUUUGAAGCUCGAGAAGAUAUUCGCUGUGCCAAAACUGUAAGGGGCAGGAGCAUCAAUCUAGCCCUCUCCCAUAGGGGACGCCAAGCUUUAAAACAUGUUGGAAUGGAAGACAAGAUUGUGUCCAAUGGCAUCCCAAUGCAUGCUCGUAUGAUCCACAGUGUGAAUGGAAAACGUUCUCCCAUACCAUAUGGAAAGAAAGGUCAGUACAUCCUUUCUGUAGGCAGAACCAACCUCAAUAAGGAGCUGCUAACAGCGGCUGAAGCAUAUCCAAACACACAACUGAACUUUAACCAUAAACUGCUUGACUGGAGUCCAGAAACAGGGAACAUGACCUUCCUUGGGCCUGAUGGUACUGAAAAGGAGAUCCAGGCAGACCUCAUAGUGGGCUGUGAUGGUGCCUUCUCUGUCACAAGGAAGCAGUUUUUACGCCGCAGUCGGUUUGAUUACAGCCAAACUUACAUCCCACAUGGAUACCUUGAGCUUACUAUACCUCCAAGAAAUGGUGAUUUUGCAAUGGAGCCUAAUUUUCUUCAUAUCUGGCCCAGGAACACAUUCAUGAUGAUAGCUCUCCCCAACAUGGACAAAACGUUCACCUGCACACUCUUCAUGCCAUUUGAGGAGUUUGAGAAGAUUACCACAGGCGAUGAGCUGAUGCACUUCUUUGAGAAAUACUUCCCAGAUUCCAUCCCACUCUUAGGAGUUGAUGCUCUAAAGAGGGACUUUUUCCAACUGCCUGCCCAGGCCAUGGUGUCCGUGAAGUGCUCUCCUUAUCAUUUGAAUGAUAAAUGUGUCUUAAUGGGGGAUGCUGCUCAUGCUGUGGUGCCAUUUUAUGGGCAGGGCAUGAACGCAGGCUUUGAGGACUGCCUUGUUUUUGAUGAGAUUAUGGAUCAGUUUAAUGAAGACUUUUCUGCUGUUCUCCUGGAGUACACACGAGUCCGUGUCGCUGCUGACCACGCCAUAGCUGAUUUGGCUAUGUACAAUUACAUAGAGAUGCGAGCACAUGUGAACUCCAAGUACUUUCUGUUCCGUAAAUAUCUAGACAACGCGCUCCAUUUUAUCAUGCCAAAAACAAUAAUCCCAUUGUACACAAUGGUUACCUUUACUCGGACACCCUAUCAUGAAGCGAUAAUCCGCUGGCAAUGGCAGAACAAGGUGAUUACUUGGGGCCUAUUGCUUUUAGGGACAAUACCUGCAGUGGGAGUGACUUAUCUUCUUAUCAGAUACCGGUACAUUCCCAAAAAGCCCAGCUUUUCUGUGAAGCAUCUAUUGAGAAGACUUCUGACCCUCAACUGGUUCCAAAAGUAAGAUUCCCCAAAUGAAUGGGGAAGAGAUUUCAGGAUGCCCCGGUCAUUCUCCAUACUUUCAAAUCCUAUGAUAUCCGUAACCUCAUUAAAAUUGGAUUACAGAAAUUCACUGGUACUAUUGAGAUUAAAACAAAAACAAAACCCAUGAUGGUGUUUUAAUAAGACUUUGAAUGGAAAAAACAAACAAACAAAAACCGUAAGAGCUGAAUUGGGUUUAAUCUUAUUGAAGAGCAGUAAUUGUCAUUAGAACAAUUGAUUAUAAAUCAGAAAACAUAUUGAGAGAAAUUAUGUUCAGACCAGAUAGGUCUCCUGACCUUGAAGAUAUAGUUGCACAUUCAUGUUUUAUCAAACAUGGGAUUAGAGUUAACUAUGGUGAAUAAGGUUAAAUUUCUUUCUUAAUAAGUAGAAAACUGGAGAGUUCAAAUUCCAGAGCACUGCCAGAUGUUAAUGCUUGCAUGGAUUGAUUUAGGAAUCACUUUUACAUACAGGAAAAAAUGUUUGCAUAGUGAAUAUGUAUUUUCAUGUUUAUAAAAUUAUCCAUUUCUGUCUGAACAAUACAUUCUGAAAUUUCCCUCAAUUCACAGUAUUGACAUUUAAUCUGUUCUUUUUAUUGUUUGGAAUACAUUUACAUUUAUACUUAUGGCAUUUGGCAGAUGCCCUUAUCCAGAGCAAUUUACAGAAUUGAUAUUUUUAUAUUUCAGAUUUAUAGUACAUUUCCUAAUGUGCCAAUAUGUUUUAUAUGUAUACUUGCUGCAUAUAACCUGUGUUGCUCUCUUGUGGUAAAAAUGUAUGACUAUCCAACAUGUUACAUCACUGCUUGAUUAUUUGUACUUGUGCAUAUUCAUUCUACCAAUAAUUUAGCCAGGAGACCUCCCUCCACCAUUUGCUUGUCUCUGACCAUAUACCUUUUGUGUUUGUGUAGCAUUUUCAUGCAUUAAAGCUGAUCCCUCAUACUGUUUACGAAGAAUGAAAGCCUGGCUAACUGUGCUCACCA